AUGUCAUUUUCGUUAGCAUCAUCCACAACACAACCAUCCAACAAUACUACUACUUCCGAUGGAUCAUCAGCCUUUGGUUUUGGCACAACCAAUACCUCUGCAACAACAACGACCGGUCUUGGAGCCAGCAACAACAGCCAACAAACUUCUUUCAACUUUGGUGAUGCUACUCAACCAGCUACUACUACAUCAAGUACAUCCAAUGGUGGAUUCAAUUUCAAUGUUCCUUCCACUCAAGAUCAAUCAAACAACCACCAAUCCAACGCUGGUUUCCACUUUGGCACCUCAAAAAGAACAAGUGGUUUUGCCUCAAGCACCAAUGUAAAUACAACAGCAACAACUCAAAACAAUUCACUAGUGUUCGGACAGGCUCAACAACAACCCUCCUUCCAAGCUCCUACUACUGGCUUUGGAUUUAGCUUUGGAACAGCUUUUUCAAAUAAUGAAUUUACUUUCAUCAGCAAUCCAUUGAAAACAAGUGACAUUCCGUUCAAUGACCCAACUCAUUUCUCUGAUCUGGUCAUUGAAAUUCUGAUCAAUACUAAUGGACUGUCAAUAUUUAUACUUCCAUCUUUGCUCAUAGAAUUAUUGUUUGUGCAGCAAGUGAAGUGUUGUCUCGAAUGA